UUUUUUAAUUGCUUAAAGCGCAAUAGGGAAACAAAAGUUAACAAUAAUAUUUAUUGAGCUAAAAAUUACUAUUUAUAAAAGUGUAGCUUUUACUUUCUUCUUUGGCGUCUGCAAAACUGAAAAUUUCAAAUAAUAAACGCCAGGCAAAAAAUGGGCAUUACAGAAACGCCGAAAACAGCAGCAACCACAACGACAGGCACGGGAACGGCUUGUGAAAAUAAACCAAUUCUGACGUUGGACAUAUUUCAGGAGAUAUUCAAGCGUGUCGAGCCUGAAGUGCAAAUAGAGGCUUUCGAGUUAGCGCAAGGCUCUGACCGGGGAGAUAACUAUACGGCAGCACUGUAUCGGAUCAAUUUAAGCGGGCAACGUCACAAUUUAGAUGGCAGCAAGCACAAAUGGGAGCAGAGCGUCAUUUGCAAGGUGUUGCCAGAGAGCGUUGUCCAAAGGGAAGCAUACAAGAGCGAUAGGCUAUUUCGGAAUGAGGUGGAGUUCUAUACCAAGAUUAUGCCAGAGCUGAACAAGUUUCAGGCUAGCAAAACGGGAAUUGGGGCAGCGGUGUUCAAUUCCAUACCCAAAUGUUUUACGGCAAGGCAUGACCUGCUAAUUAUGGAGGAUCUGCGUGUACGGGGAUUUGAAAUGUCGGACCGUCACAAGGGUCUCAGCAUGGAGGAGACGCAGUCGGUUCUGCUACAGGUGGCGCAGUUCCAUGCGCUCAGUUUGGCCUAUAAAUUUGAGCAUCCUUUGGAGUUUACCAAAAUGUGCAGCCUCAUCAGCGAAGGCAUCUUCUGCACAGCAAAUACCAGCUGGUACAAGAACUACUAUGAGCGUCUCACGAAGAAUGCCAUUAAAAUGGUCUCUGAUGUUCUGCCCGCGGAUUCAAAGUAUAUGCAGGCCUUGCGCAGCUUUGCAGAGAGCUCCUCGUUCUUCGCCCAGAUGGUGCAGCUGGCCAGCGCCGAGUCGCCAUUGUCUGCCAUUUGUCAUGGCGAUUGUUGGGUCAAUAAUUUUCUAUACCGUUACGAUCCGGAGGAUCGACAACAGGUGCUCGAAGUAGCGCUGAUAGAUUUUCAGCUGGUACGCUAUAGUUCCAUUGCCUUGGACAUUGCCAAUCUAUUGUACUGUUGCACCACCAAGCAAAUGCGCGACUCUCAACUGGAAACAUUGCUCAAGAUCUACACGGAGGAACUGUACAAAUGGCUGGAAAUACUCUGCACUGUCUUGCCUGAGAAUUGCAAUACGCUGGAGAAGUUUCAGCAACUUUUUGCUCUGGAACUGAAAACUUAUGGACGAUUUGCUCUUGGUCUAGCAAUGGACAUUAUACCCAUUAGCACAUGUUCCUCGGAGGAUGCACCCGAUAUGUAUUUGAAUCGCAAUGAUGAGCACAAUGAGGACAUAGGAGCGCCCGCUUUAAAUUUUCCGCCCAACGAUUUGUGCAGACAGAAGAUGUCGGAAAUUGUCAUUGACAUGGUCGACGGAGAAAUGCUUUAAAGGACAUACAUGAAAACUGUUUAGAUUGCUUCUGCCAGAGCUGUAAAAUAUUGCAGUUAAUUUGAUUACAAUCACUUUAUGAUUAUUGAAGUCUUAAUUCAAUCAAAAAAAUAAUAUUUGAAAUUUUGAUAUAAAAACCACUGAAUCUAAAGAUUUUCUUAAAAGUUAAAGCAUUAAGUAAUGAUUUGUGAUUUCAAUCAAGUCUUUAAUUGAUUGCUAAAUUUCUUACAGCUCUGGCUUCUGCCAAUGUAAUUUAUAUAAUUUUUAAUUAUGCUCAAUUUGUAGGAAAUAUUUUCAAAAGUAACUUUAAUUUAGUUUCAUGUGUAACGUUUAUUGCCCAGAAAUUUAGGUUAGUAUAGCAAAGAAAAAGGGAAAUCUAUUAACUAUUUAACAUUAUGUAGACUAUUUACCGUUACGUUUCUCAAGCAGCCAACGUAACAACUUUCCGGAAUGCAAUGAAAAUUUCAAAUGUAAAUUGUAUUAUUAAUUUAGGUAUAUUUGAACCCAGACAAUAGUUAACUUGUCGGGGUGUAGACGUGUUUUUUCUAAACUAUUGUUUUUACACAAAAGCAAUAAAUUACAUACGAACGACAA